GUUUUCUUGAAUUCUCUUUCCCCCUGAUUCAACUGGGGUUUAGGCAUGCACUGUUGAGCCACAUUCACGUGCCAGAAAAUAUAGAUCUGGGUCAUCAAUGGAGACGGGACAAGAUGACACACCGUCCCCCGUGCCCGACUCGCCCCCGCCCCCACGUGACCACGAGACAGGCAUGCCGGGCGGAAUGCCCAGUUCCUACCCCGUGCACCGGAUGUCCGUCACACUGACCAGCGAUGACCAGGUCCAAAUGGGACUGACCGUCUACGACCGGCGCGGCUACAUGGUGGUCAAGGACGACGAGUCGUACGUCACACUGUCCGGUGAUGACCAGGACAGUACAACGUACCCGGAGGAGACUUUCAGCUCCACAUUCAGUGGCGAGGACCCUGGUCUCCACGAGCCGGAGUACCUGCACCAACACCUGCAACAACAGCGCCAGCAGGAGACACAGUCCACCGACAGAGGCGGUCACGUGUACUCGCGCCCUGUACACUACGGCAGUGACAAACACGUCUUCAACGAGGCAGGCGAGUUCGUGGCCCCCACUGUCCACAUCCUCAUCUCCAAAUCUGGCAACUGGACAGCCACAGGAGGCCUGGCCGACUCCGCUGGAGUUGUCUCCCCCUCGGAGCUUGACCAGCAGCUUGACCACGAGGAAAGACAACACCAGGCAAACAACAGCUUCCCGGAGGCCAGAGUGUCCCUCACCAUCACCAGCCAGCAGCAGCAGCAACUGGCCGUGGCAAAAGCUGACCGGCGCACAGUUAUGAAACUGACCGGCACAGAGGCACAAGGUGGGGACAGCAAGGGUCAAGACUAGUGACGUCAUCAGAACCUUACUGUCCACCUGGGCCUGUCUCACUCACUGAGUCCUGGGAGGGAAGGAAAGUGCGUCUGCCUGUGUGUGUUGGAGACGUGUGGUUCAGUUCGAUUUCAACAUAUAUAUAUCAUGUAAUAUGUAUUUAUAUGCAUGAAUAAAUUCAUCGCUUGCAAACAUUUA